CCGCAUUAAAAGUUAAAACCCUUUCCAGCUCAACUUGGAACAGCAGUCAUGGAGUUCGCUACUGCCCUGUCUUCAAGCUUCGCUUUUACUUCUCUGGCGUCCUCCUUCUCCGGCUCCUCUGUUUCCAGAAUUCGACCUUGCUUUCCAUUUGGCUCUAGAAUGAAGGGUAUCUGUGCGUCAGAGAAUGCACCUCAGGUCGAACUAAGCAAGCCGAAGGAAGCUAAGCUAUGGGGUGGCCGCUUCGAGGACAGCGUCACCGAUGCCGUUGAGAGAUUCUCCGAGUCGAUCUCCUACGAUAAGCAGCUCUACAAACAUGAUAUCAUGGGAAGUAAGGCUCAUGCGACUAUGCUAGCUCAUCAGGGAUUGAUGAGCAUCAGUGAUAGGGAUCGGAUUAUUGAAGGUCUUGAUGAGAUAGAGAGGCGCAUUGAAAAUGGAGAGUUCAAUUGGAGAACUGACCGCGAGGAUGUCCAUAUGAACAUUGAAGCGGCGCUUACUGAUAUGAUCGGGGAGCCUGCAAAGAAGCUACACACAGCCCGGAGCCGAAAUGAUCAAGUUUUGACUGACUUUCGCCUUUGGUGUCGUGAUGCCAUUGAUAGCAUCAUCACACGCAUAAAGCACCUCCAGACCUCACUGGUGAACUUGUCUUUGGAAAACGAAGGGCUUAUUGUACCUGGUUAUACUCAUCUGCAGCGUGCCCAACCAGUAUUACUUCAACAUCUUCUAUUAGCUUAUGUUGAGGAGCUUGAGCGUGAUGCUGGUCGCUUAGCAGAUUGUAGGGCUAGGAUGAAUUUCUGUCCGUUAGGGGCUUGUGCAUUGGCUGGUACUGGGCUUCCCAUUGACCGAUUCAUGACCUCAGAUGCUUUAGGAUUUACAGCUCCAUUGAGAAAUAGUAUUGAUGCAGUUUCAGACCGGGAUUUUGUAUUGGAGUUCCUUUCUGCCAACGCCAUCACAGCAAUUCAUCUUUCUCGACUUGGUGAAGAAUGGGUAUUGUGGGCUUCUGAGGAGUUCGGAUUUAUCACACCAAGUGACUCUGUUUCAACUGGAAGUAGUAUAAUGCCUCAGAAAAAGAAUCCAGAUCCAAUGGAACUUGUGCGUGGGAAGUCUGCCAGGGUCAUAGGAGACCUGGUUACUCUUCUCACUUUAUGCAAAGGACUUCCACAUGCUUAUAAUCGUGAUUUGCAGGAAGACAAAGAACCUGUAUUUGACAGCGUUAAAACUAUUCUGGGCAUGCUUGAGGUAUCAGCUGAGUUUUCACAGAAUGUUACAUUCAAUCAAGAGAGAAUACAAAAGGCUUUACCUGCUGGUCAUCUUGAUGCAACAACACUUGCUGACUAUCUUGUCAAUAAGGAAGUCCCAUUCAGGACAUCUCAUGAUAUUGUAGGAAGAGCUGUUGCCUUGUGUGUGUCAAAGAAAUGCCAACUUCAGGACCUAAGUCUUGAUGAGCUGAGGAGUAUAAGCACGGCUUUUGAUGAGGAUGUAUAUGAAUUUCUUGGAGUAGAAAAUGCAAUCAAAAAGUUUAGCUCCUAUGGUUCUACUGGGUCAGCAUGCGUAGCCAGCCAAUUAAAUUAUUGGGUAACAAAGCUUGAAAUCCGAUGAAGGUGGUGAUUAUCACGAAUUUCUCCCUAUGUGGGUCAUUGUUGAGUUACAAGAUACCCAAGAACUUGCAAUAUUAUAUUCUCUAGGGUUAAGAAUGCAACAUAUCGUUAGGUAGCAUGAGGAUGAUAUCUUGAAAUCUAAGUUGUAUCAUGCUGUAUGGAAAUCUAAAUUGUGUAAUUCAUAAGUGAAUGGGUGUUUUAGAACCUUGACGUUA